AUGAACCUGACGCUGUAUUCUACGCGUGCCGUGUUGCUGCUCGACUCGGAAGGGCACCGGAUCCUCGCGAAGUACUAUGAGCCGCCGGGUGUGCGUGCGGACGGCGUCGCAGCGCCGGCAGGGGCGGGCGCCGCUGGCCUGGCGCCACUGUACGCCAAGAACCCGUACCAGACGCAGAAGCAGCAGGAGGCGCUGGAGCAUGGCGUGUGGGACAAGGCGCGCCGGGCGUCGGGUACGUGGGGGGGUCUGACCGCAGGCGAUUUGUUCCAGUACGACAACCAGCUCGUGCUGUUCAAGGCGUCGUACGACGUGUAUCUCUUUGUGAUUGCGCCAGAGCACGAGAAUGAGCUGAUGAUCCACAGCUUCCUCCAGUCGUUCUACGACACGCUGUCGGUGCUACUGCAAAGCCAGAUUGACAAGCGCACGAUCCUCGACAACAUGGACCUAGUCACGCUAGCGCUGGACGAGAGUAUCGACGAUGGGUGCGUGUGCGCCGCUGACCGCAGGAUCAUCCUCGAGACGGAUAGUGCCGCGAUCGCGAACCGCGUGACACGGCCCCGCUCUGAUACCAUCGAGGUGCAGAUCAACGAGCAAAGUACGUCUCUAUGUCUAACAGCAGCACUGUUGAACGCGUACACCAAUUUCCGCGAAAAGUAUGUGCGACAACACUGA